AUGGAUCCAGGGGAUAGAAGGUUUAGCACGGUAUCACCUAAUGUUGAUUUUGUUGAGCUAGCCAAACAAAUGAAAAUAGUAACUGAAAAUAUAGAUCGACGGAGGGAAAUGAUAAAUAAACAAGUAGCCUUCCAUUAUGCGGUAAACGUUUAUCAUGUAAACUCCGUCGGGGGUAUAGAAGAUAUCGAACAAUACAGCGAAAUCCCUCAUGUUUUAAUAGGCUGCGGUAACACAAUCAGUGCUGAUCCCUACUUCGGAGACGAAGAUGAUUGUUCUCUCAUGUGGGAGAAUUUAGUUUGGGCAGGUUUAUACGGUGAUGGAAUGAAAACCCCUUUGAUUGAUUCUCACCCAACCAAUCGAACCUAUAUUGAUAUUAUCGCUGAUGGUGUCGAUUUUCAUGAAGAUAAUAGAAAAGUAAGAGCUAUCUUCAAAAUCAUUGAUGGAAAAAUGUGUGAACUAUGGUGGCUUAAUGGGAGCAAAGAGAAUGAUAGUAUUUGGACAGUUAUAGAGAACUAUAAAACAUUUUGUGAAAUGAAUGAUCCUUGUGUUUAUACACAAGAAUUCAGAGAGUUCGUUCGAGCGAGAAAUAAAAAUAAUUCUGAUUGGCCUUUUAUUCUGGAGUUCUUUCAUGCCAACCUAUUUCAUACCAAUAUAGUAGAUGUAAUGUAUAAUAUAAUUAGCAAGGACGUCAGGCUUCAAUACGUUUUGAAUUUCCCAUCUUUGACGGUUUCGUCACCAUAUAAAAAUCAGUCAGUGAUGGAUAAUGCUGACUUGGGAAAGAAAGUACUAUUUGCACUUAGCGUCACAUAUAUGCAUCAUGUGUGCGCUAAAUUUUUAGAAGGUGAUCUAUAUUUCCGGAAUGAUAUUGAUAAAUAUCGGGAUAAUCCUUUCAUCCCAUUUAUACGUUGA